AUGAAAGCCUUGUUACACAUCAACGAACUCACACAGGAGAGAAACCAUUUCAAUGUGCGGAGUGUGGAAAGAGCUUCAGUUGGAGUGGAAGCUUUAAUUUACAUCAACGGAUUCACACGGGUGAGAAACCAUAUGAAUGUAUGCAGUGUGGAAAGAGUUUCAGUUGCAGUGAAGGCCUUAAUUUACAUCAACGAACUCACACAGGUGAGAAACCUUUUAAAUGUAUGGAGUGUGGAAAGAGCUACAGUCAGAGUGGAAGCCUUAAGAAACAUCAACAAACUCACACAGGGAAUAAACCUUUUAAAUGUUUGGAGUGUGGAAAGAACUUCCGUCAGAGUUCAGACCUUACUUUGCAUCGUCGGACUCACACGGGUGAGAAGCCAUAUAAAUGUAUGGAGUGUGGAAAGAGCUUCAGUCAGAGUGGAAACUUUAAUAAACAUCUACAAACCCAUACUGGGGAGAAACCGUUUAAAUGUAUGGACUGUGGAAAGUGCUUUUGUCGGAAUGAAAGCCUUACUUUACAUCUACGAACCCACACAGGUGAGAAACCAUAUAACUGUAUGCAGUGCGGAAAGAGCUUCCGUCAGAGCGGACAGCUGA